AAUAUUUUCUCACGAUUCUUUUUCUAAAAUAUUCUCUACAUCACUCCGCAUGCCACUCUAACGCCCGAUUUUGCAACUUCGCUCUUGAAACUUUAUAAAUAAUAAAAGUAUGGUUUCUUUUUUUCUUAUAGAAUAAAUUUGUUUACAAACACUUUUUCCAAAAUCGGGCCUUACAGUGGCAUGCGCCAAGGUAUGAGGAAUAUUUUGAAACCAGAAUUAUUAGAAAAUAUUGCUUCUUUGCUUCAAAAUCCUUGACAAGAAUCAUGCUAGCCUAAUCGUCCUGUCCUCGUCUCUCCUGCAAUUGUUGUAUCGCCCUCUCUGUCCUUGUCCCAGAGUUUCCUACUUUUCCCGCAACUGUCGCCGAAGUCAACUCGGAGUUUGGCUCUGGGUCCUGCGCACCCAUAACAGUGUACCGUCGGAGGCAGGAGGGUUGUGUUUUUUGUUUGGUCCUUCGGUCCCGUGGUAUCGUGAAUUCCGAGAAAAAAAAUCGGGAAAAAAACGGUCGACGCAAAAUGCGACGAGCGACGCGCGUCCUACCGGUUACGCUCGAUAAUCGUCGACGUAAGUGCAUCGGAGAUCAACGUGAGUUUUAGGUUAAAAACGAGACUCCCGAUGUCGGAUACAUAACAAUGCUUGGUGUGAGAAAUUCAUAUGGUGAAAGUCUCUUAGACUUUGCUGCGGGACUGAAACUCCGACGCGAAGGUUGUCGCGAUUUCCACGCUCCUCCUCCGUUCUCUUCCUUUUCCUUUUCCUUUUCCUUUUUCUGAGCGAGUUCUCGUCGUGUCUCCGUUUUUCCUCCCUCAUUGCAGUUUUUCAACUGCACUCUGCUGCACUUUUCACACGCAUAGUGCUCCCGUGAACGGCCAACAAGAGAAACACACAACAAAGGAGGAAAAAAUGCAGAGUCUCGAGUGGCGAUGAUUCCGUUCGAAUUUCGUCCCGUUUGUCUUCGGAUAGAGUUUCCCCAUCGGAAGAUAAACAAACUCGACGACAGAAUGGAAACCUAACUGCCACCGUUGCUGCUCUUUCUUCGUUAAAAAGAGUCGUAGAAUAACCAAACAUGGCUGAAGAUGAGGGGACCGAUUGGCUGCAAGAACUGCUGCACGACGUUCAACUUUCCCAGUUUUUCACAAGGAUACGGGAUGAUUUACAAGUCACGAGAUUACAUCACUUUGAUUACGUACAACCGGAAGAUUUGGAAAAGAUAGGUUUAGGAAAACCAGGUAUCAGGCGAUUAUUAGAUGCUGUUAAAAAAAAAAGAAACACGCAAUGGAAGAAAAGCUUGAUUACGAAAAUUAGACCUGGCGGUAGCACGAAAACCAACAAAAGAUCGUCGCAACCAGUCGAAGGUUCUACGGUGCUGACAUGCCUUAUUCAAGAUAAGGAUGUAACGCUAUCAGCUAAACUGGGGGAUGGUAGUUUUGGUGUGGUUAGACGGGGAGAAUGGACGUCUCCUUCUGGUAGAUCGUUACCAGUUGCCGUCAAAGUACUAAAAGCAGAUGCUUUGACGCAACCGAGCGUUAUAGAAGAUUUUGUGUCCGAAGUUCAAGCGAUGCACACGUUGGAUCAUCAUAAUCUGAUCAGAUUAUACGGUGUGGUAUUAUCGCAACCAAUGAUGAUGGUGACUGAACUCGCACCUCUCGGGGCCUUGUUAGACUACCUACGAAAACAGUGUGGUCGAAUUUCAGUAUUAACUCUUUGUAACUAUGCUCUGCAAGUUGCCACAGGAAUGGCAUAUUUGGAAGCGAAACGUUUCCUGCAUCGUGACUUAGCCUGUAGAAACGUUCUUCUGAGCACGGUAGAUAAAGUAAAAAUUGGCGAUUUUGGCCUAAUGAGGGCAUUGCCUCAACAGGAAGACUGUUAUGUUAUGACGGAACACAAGAAGGUGCCGUUUCCCUGGUGCGCACCAGAAUCGUUAAAAGCACGUCAAUUCAGCCACGCGUCUGAUGUUUGGAUGUUUGGAGUAACGUUGUGGGAAAUGCUUACGUUUGGCGAAGAGCCAUGGGUUGGUCUAAACGGGUCCGAAAUUCUACGAAAGAUCGAUAGAGAAGGCGAACGGUUGCAUGAACCGGAAGCAACGCCACCAGUCAUGUACCAACUAAUGUUGCGUUGUUGGGCUCGGGAACCUCCCGAAAGACCGACGUUUGCUUUUCUCCGAACAUCCCUUACAGGAAUGGUACCGACCGUAAUGAAAGCCGUGAAUCAUUUCGAAGAAACUGACAAAAUGAAUAUCGAACAAGGUGACCAAAUAGUUAUUUUAGAUGGUCGGCCUGAAAAUUAUUGGUGGAAGGGCCAAAACCAACGAACUUUCCAAAUAGGUUUCUUUCCCCGCUGCUUAGUCGAUCCCAUGAGACGUAAGCAGCCGGAAGACAUCAGUAAACCGUUGGAAAAUUCCUUUAUCCAUACCGGUCAUGGUGCACCAUUUGGAAAAAGUUGGGGCAGCCCUAUCUAUAUAGACGACGUUUAUCUGAGAAAUCCCAUGGAGCCACCCGAUGUCGUAGGGGUUGCAACUGCCCCGGACAGCCAUCUAAAAAAGAAAUUUUUCAGCGGAACACCACGGUCACGGAAGCAAUUUAAUUAUACGAAAUUUCAGAAUGAUAUACGAGCUAGCCCGGUAAAAUCGACAAAUGCAUCGGCUGCGAACAGUAGUCAGGAGGGCAGUCUGAUAGAUUUAUCCCCCGAAGAAAUGAUCAACACGAGUAUCGCACAAUCGGAGACAGCGUGUCGGCGAGUAGUUAAUAUUCUCGACGAACCUAUCGACGACAUGGAACGGCAGCAAGAACAAGCCAACUGGCAUGAUGAUGAUCCUAGAACGUACGCCAAUUUCCCGGGAAACCUUGAUCCUCCGUAUUCGGAUCCCUUCGACACGUCGUCGGUGUUUAUGAAGCUCCCCCAUUCGCGGUAUUACAGUCAGGUUCCGCCUGACGCGAGUACUCGAUAUUUAAAAACUCAGAUAUACGGAAGCAUGGAAAAUCAACAGGAUGCUGGUAGCAGUAAAGACAUUGCAAAUUACUUUACACCAGAGUCCGGAUCGGACGUAAAUCACUAUUCUCUAAAUUUGAGUAAAGAAAGUAGAAACGACAGUAUUAAUUUGAACGUGAACGUCGACUCGGAGGAUAGCAACAACGCGUACGCUCAAAAUCAUUACAGUGAAAUCGACAAACCUAGUCCCCCCAUGACAAGUUGGUCCAAUUGGCCAGAGGACCUCCAUAACGGCGCUCAGGCGUACGUGAAUAUCUCUAGUCGAAACGUACAGAGUUCUGAUGCACCGCCCCCUCCACCUGUGGCUCCUAACGAGAAUCCAUCCAAGCCAAAAUCAAAUCACGAUCUUGCUCAAUGUCUUAACGAAUUGACCAUCGAUACUCGAAACGUCUCUCCAAAGAAGUUGGAUCCUGCCUUCUUGGCUGAAUUGGAGAAGCACUUAGGUGAAAAAGAAGCGAGCAAGAACAUGAACGCCAACCAAGAGAAUCCGAGAACUUCCGAUUCGUAUUCGUCUGUAAAUAAAUUGCAAGAGAAUACGAUACCAGUGCUGAGACCGCCACCUCGAUCCGCUAAGCCAAACUCGCCGCAAAUCGAUCACAGAUCCACCAAUUUGUCUAGCAAAGUGCAAAAUUCCUGGCAGUCAAAGACUACGAAUAUACAACAACCGCGUAUUCAUUGUCAACCUGACCAGCGUGUGUUAGAGACGGCGACCGAUCAAAUGGUGGUUCAAAUUUGGCAGCAAUCGCAGGCGUCUCAUCAGCAGAGUACUUACAUCAACGAAAAUGUUAACCGAGCUUCUAGCGAUACCCAAAUGAAUCUGAAUCUACUGCAAAUCGCACCUAGUAAUCUCGGUAGUCGGUGCAACGUGUCUAAAACCAACAUUAAUCACGCGCAUAAUUCGGCAUCAUCCGCGGCUGGUCAAGCCGGUAACUUCCAGAGUUCCGUCCUGUCUACCGCGAGCCACGGGAUAACUCAGAUACAGAACGAUCUCCAACAAGCACGUUCGAGCAGUGUCUCAUCUAAACCCGCAGCUGUUGUGUUCUCCGAGCAAGUUUAUGCAGAGCUAAAGCAAACGGUGCCUAACUUGGACCAGUUGUCACAGAACGAAUUCAACACGCUCUAUAAUAAGACUGUCCAGCAGAAUAUCCUCAGAAACUAUUAUGCCGCGAACACGUCAACUGCCUCUGAUUCGAGUAAUCUAAGUAAUAGUCAUUAUCCAGAGGGGACUGCUGUCGGAUCUCAGCAGCAGGCUCGUACAGUUCAAACGAGAAAUUUUACAGCGCAGAGUCACCCUUGUGACUUUAGCUCUCACUUGAAACAACCUCCUGUGUAUAACCCCCCUCCUCCUCCAGCUUGGAGUCCGAUGAAAUCUGUUCAGAACUGUUUGGUGCAGAGUCAGUGUCCCGUAAUUAAGCCCAAUUUAGCGAGCAACGCCAACGGUUCUUCGAAUUUACUCCAGCUCGCGCACACAAAUGUAUCUCAGGAAGGUAUAACGAUACCGCAACCCACUUCGUUGCGUGGCAUACCGCCUCGGAUGAACGAAACAAUUGUUAAUACUCAAUUAGCUCCCUCUACGUCGGCAUAUCCCUCGGGUGUGAGCCCCCCCUUGACUGCCGCGUCUCAGCAGUUGGUCAUGUCCCUUAACGAUGAAUUUCGUGCAAACAAAGUGACGAAGGUACAGAGGGAGGCGAAUGAUGCGUCGCAGCAGGAGAUAUUGACUGCGCUGCAGGCAACUGGUUGGGAUACUAAUCAAGCUGCGAAACAGAUCCUAAAGGAUAGACAAGCCAAGAUAGAAUCCCUUGUAAGAUUGGGCUUGGCAGACAGACAAGAGUGCGAGGGUGCUUUGAAGCAGACUGAAUACGACGUAGACUUAGCGGCUUCCUUGUUGCUAGAUCAGGUCAGAUGAAGGCAUAUUUAAACCGAGUAUCAGAGUUUUACUGGAAAUAUUGUAAUAUAACUGUAACGAUAGACAUGUAGUUACAUAUACAUAUAUAUAUAUGUGUAUAUGUAUAUAUAUAUAUAUAUAUGUAUGUUGUAUUUAUAAAUGAUAGACGUACACGCGUAAACGAGGCUACGAGCUGCGAAUAUGAACCGACGAUGUCUCCAUAAAAAUAUGACAUUUUCACUUUUACGAGAUAUGAGCAUUUUCUUUUCUUUUCUUUCUAAACUGUCGAAUGAUAAUCUUCUUUUUUUUUACGAACCAUGUCGGACACGUACAGUGGCAACUUUUAUCGCUAGAAUAAAUCUUUAUUUAUCUUCAAUUUCUCGUUUUAAAUUAUUUUGGCAAAGGCAGUUUGGUAAUUUAAGGAGCACCGUGGUAAAAGAGUUUCUCAAAGAAAACGUUGCAUUCCAGAAGAAGGGGCGAAUAAUCUCGCGAAUUUUCGUAGCGGAUUUCGUUUCACUCGUAUAAAAAGCAAACGAUUGCUUUUGGAUCAGCGUGUAACUGCAACAUCGAUGCGUAAAAUUUCGAAUGGAGGAGGGGGGGGGGCGUGUGUGCGUGCGCGCGCGCAAACAAAGUGAAAUUUUCAACAGAUUGUUCGUAUUGUUUUUGUAAAAAUGUGCGUAUAUUAGGUUCUUUUCUACGAAAAGUUUUAUGAAGCACUUCUAAAUUAAUAUUGUUUAUGCUUUAACAGUUUCCGAGUCUGAAAAAUAAGCAUUGAACCACUUUAAACCGAUAAUCACGUCUUUCCGAUUAACGAUAUUGCUAUACGAAAAGUAAUGUUCGUAAACUUACAACUUACACAUCAUAUAUAUAUGAAUGAAAGGCCAACGAUUUGAACAUCGAACAAUUUGUUCGCGUGUCAAAUAGCGAUAUAUUUUUGUCUAAUAAACAGAGCUUGAUGGUCACGCUUUGCGUUUAUAAUUACUGUGUGUGGCAAGGUUGGACUUGCGUGACCGGAAGUGAAUUGGAUCAUCGAGAAUCCUUUACAAAAGCGAAAAAAAUGUUCUGGUUGCGAAUCGAUCGUCUCCUAUGUAUAUUCAUGACAGUAUUUCUGUGAAAGUACUCGUAAAAGUCAGAUAUCACCGACUGAUUAAUUUUUAGACAUCGUCCACCGUUUCAUGUUUCACGAACGAACUUUACGAGGAAAGUGUAAGGAGUGUGUCUAGUCCAUCGUUAAAAUUAAAUUACCUACCGUAUACUCUAAAAUAAAAAUUUCCGAAAAAUCAGCACGGAAUGCGAGUUUAAUUUUCGAUGCAAGAUCUUCAGGUUCUGGCAAAGAAUAGGAGCAUCCAUGUUUCCCAAAGAAUAGAGGCAGAAAUAUGUUGUUAGUCUCGAAAUGUUCCAAGCUACAUCGACCAACACUUUUCGACCUGAUUAAUGAAAUCGAAUCUGACGAUGAAAACGUAAAAUUAACGUGUAACAAAAGGGCAUAGCAAACAGCAGAAAAUUGCGUUGCGAAAAAAAAAUAUAGGAUUUGUAACUGUGAUAAGCGUUACUUUACUAAAGGCUCUAGGCAAUACUGUUCAGAGACAGAGACGCAACUCUCCUUUCCUUUCCUCUCCUCUCCUCUUCUGCUCUCUGUUGUCCUUUUUAGGGAUAGCCCGUGUAGACUGUAUUUGCGUAAUAUAAGGAGUGUACAUAAACGUUUAGCGAUCGAGUCAAGUUGUAAUUGGAGUGGAGCGCGAGUGCUCUGGGGCUGUUUGUUUCGUCUGACUUUCACGUACCAAGUGUCUUCUCGCGAGAUCGAGUUGAACCGUGUCACGCAGAAAGGAAAGAAUCCUUAGAAAGCCGAAGAAAAUGUCGAAUUUAGUGUCGGGAUAAAUAUGAAAUUGAAAUUGAACGCUGUUCAAUUCAACAAAACAACUGUUUGUUUAGAGAGAAGCAGAUCUGAAAACUCGAGAUCGAAAGCUAAUUGAAUUUAGAAUCUAUUAUUAUUAUAAUAUAAUAAUAAGAGAUAAUUUAUAGAAUUAUAAUUAUAAUUAUAAUUAUAGUUCAAUAUUAAUUUUAUACUUAGAGCUAAAUACCAAGUCUCUUUCUAAUAUCGUACGAUACGAGAUCGUUACGCACAGAGUUGUUCCAAUUUCGGAUUCUUUCGUGAAGUAAGUCUCUUUUAGAUUGUAUUAUAAAGUUGUGCUCCAAGUUUCUUAUUAACUUUAAUGUAAUUGUUUGUUCAAGUUGUGGUGUUGAUUCGAAAGAUUGCUUUCUGUACUAUAUCGUCCAAUCGUAAAAUGCAAAUAGAAAACGCUGUAAUUGUUAAGCUAGAACCAGUACCCUAUUUUUUAACGCAUGACUAAAGACGCUAUUUUUUUAAACAACUGUUUCGAGCAAGUAACAGCGAGCAAAAAUACAAAAGAAAUAUAUUUUGUAUUAGAUUCGACACUGAUAGCGUUUUCAGUUUCCAUUUCACGUAAUUUUCUUGCUUAAAAUCGAUUUUUUGUUACUUGGAUAAACCAGAAAACAAUUAACCCGCUUCAAUGUGGAUAAAAAGCGGGCAUACAACUCCAUUGCAAAACAGGUUUUUCUGGCAAGAAAAGCGGAAAGUUAAGUUUAGGUGAGAUAGUCUGCGCUCCGAUACCGUGUAACAAGCAAAACGAAGCGAACGAAACUCUGUUCACUGCGAUCGGCUCUCUAACUUCAGUGCUAAUUUAUUCGCUGGAAGUCAGAGUAAAUUGAUUUCCUAACAGUUUUUCCUUACGUUCCGAGACACGUAUCGGGACGUUAGCGUCGCGACAGAGCGUACAAUAUAACUUAGUUGUUACCAUUGGCGUCGUGGACCGAGGAAUUGUUCGAUAUUCACAAAUAAAACAAGCGUAAAGUACCUAACUCUGGUGACUUCCGUUUAU